UAAAAAAGCCAAGAGACAGGGCUGGCUGCUGAAAGCCCCAGAGCGGGGUGUCCAAGGCUGUUUCAGAGUCAGUCAAGGUCUGCGGUCACACUUGUUGCAAAGGCCCUCCUGCGAACCCCACUCGCCACCCCGGGCGGUGCACACUCAGUGCGCCCCUGUCCAAAAGGCGGCGCUGCGCUGUGCGCUGCAGGGAAUCCCCAGCUGCGGUGGACAGGCAUGGUGAACACGAUUGAGCCCAGCUGCUGCUAGGUCAGCGAUCAUCCUACCAGCCCCAGGACUUCAGGGAAGAUGGGGCGCUAUUCAGGCAAGACUUGCAGGUUGAUCUUCAUGCUCGUGCUCACCACUGGCUUCUUCGUGGCCGAGCUGGUGUCCGGCUACCUGGGCAAUUCCAUCGCCCUGAUCUCCGACUCUUUCAACAUGCUGUCCGAUCUGAUCUCGCUGUGCGUGGGGAUAAGCGCCGGGUACAUCGCUCGCCGCCACACCCGAGACGCCCGGGCCACUUACGGCUACAAGCGAGCGGAGGUGGUAGGGGCAUUGAGCAACGCAGUCUUCCUCACUGCCCUAUGCUUCACCAUCUUCGUGGAGGCCAUCCUGCGCCUGGCCCGGCCAGAGCGUAUAGAUGAUCCAAAGCUAGUGCUCAUCGUAGGGGUCCUGGGGCUGGCGGUCAACGUGGUUGGCUUGCUAAUCUUCCAGGAUUGUUCCUCCUGGUUCGCUUGCUGCGGUGGCCGCCGGCGACGUCUGAGGAGCAGCAAAAGAGAUCUCUCUGCACCUCUGGACGGAGUCAGCGCGCAGCAGCUGCCGCCGUCUGUACCACCACCCGCUGUAGUACCGGGUUCGGAUUCGGCCCUAACUCUCAGGGGGGCCUCGAGCCCUCGGAAGGAGGAGAAAGCGGCGGCUCUGCAGCCCAGUGAAGCAGGUGAUUCUGUGAACACCCAGAAUGAACCUCAAGAGGAGACUAGGAAAAAAGAGAAAAAGUCUGAAGCCCUGAAUAUCAGAGGUGUUCUUUUGCAUGUCAUGGGAGAUGCACUGGGAUCUGUGGUUGUGGUGAUUGCUGCUAUCAUAUUCUAUGUGCUUCCUCUGGAGGACAAUGCUCCAUGUAACUGGCAGUGCUACAUUGACCCAAGCCUCACUGUUAUCAUGGUCAUCAUCAUUUUGUCAUCUGCCUUUCCACUCAUCAAGGAGACAGCAUUCAUUUUGCUACAGAUGGUUCCCAAAGGAGUCAAUUUGGAAGAACUGGUGGGCAAGCUAUCCAAUGUGCCUGGAGUUAGCGGCAUACAUGAAAUGCACAUCUGGGAACUUGUUAAUGGGAGGAACAUUGCCACUCUCCACAUCAAGUGCCAAAAGAGCAAAGAUUACAAAGAUGCCAAUUUCAAAAUGCGAGAAAUUUUCCACAAUGCAGGGAUCCACAGUGUAACCAUCCAGCCAGAAUAUGUGGACCAGAAGGAAUCCUUGGAGCAAGACUGGAUGCUUGUCUGCAGCUCACCCUGCAUCUCCAAAGCCUGUGCGAAUCAGCUUUGCUGCCCUCCAGAGACUCAAUCACUUAUCCAUAUCAAUGGCUGUACAGAGCCCAAUGGCUGCCCCCCAACUGCAACGUACAGAAGUGAUGGCUUAAGUCGAAAUGACACAGCUGCAAUUGUCAUUGAAGCAGAUCAUCUGAGUGACAGUGCACCAGCUGCUAAACAGACGCAAGAAGAUCUGAUCUUUGUCAAUAGCACCCAUUUUUAAUUUGGUCUCAGCAUUGAAAGUCAUCUGAUUGAGAGAUGCAGCUUAGCCACCAGUUUGUGACCACUGACCAGAAUUAGUAAUGUAAUUCUGUGUUAAAAUAAGGGGUUCAGUCCUUUUAAAAAUGUUUGGCAAUUUCAAGAUUCACAAACCCUUCCUCCCCCACCCCUCCCCAUCUCAUGCACGUGAAUAUUGUUGAACUAUUCACGUGUUUACUUGCGCACCUCCUCUUUAAUCAUUUUAGUUUGAACAUGUAUUUCCUGAGGUAAAUUGAAAAAGUAUAGAGACAAUGUGAACUGGAGACUAGAAUUCAAUGCUUUUGCAGGACUGGGAUUUGAACUUUCUCCCCUUACUCCAUCCCCUUUUUGGUCAUUUUUGGCUGAGUUCUAUUUCUAGCCCACUCUGAGGUGAGCUAAUGGAUAAUACACUUCAUAUAUAUAAUAUACACAUAUAUAUAUGCAUAUAUAUGUAUAUAUGAAGACCCAUAAUAGUUGUGUUUUUCUGAGUUCUUAGUAACGAAUUUCACAGUGAUGUUUUGCCCUGCCCUUUCAUCUCUUCAACACCUUGGUUCCUCUUUGAAAAAGAAUAAAAUGGGCACUCAGUAAGCUGGCAAAAACUCUCAGGAGCAUCAGAGGGGAUAAUUGAGUUCAACAGAAAAAAAAUUUUUCUUCUUUGAUAACAUUUGCUUUCAGAGGUGGAGAAAAAAAGUGAUUCUUGCUUGCUUUUCUUUUUAAAUGAAGACAACCACUGCUAUAGGGUCAAGAACUAUUGAGUACAGUUUUUUUUUCUCUUAAUAUUGCAGGAAAAUAAACCCAUAUUUAGGUAGCAUGCAUUUCUUGUUUUCAGCAGUCAGUCUCUUUGGGGCUGUUCCCAUUUAUUGCUUUGGCCAAGACCUAGUUGUUCAUCUGAACGUUCUUUUAGGUUCUGUCUGUCAUUGACCAGGAGAAAGUGGACAUUAUCCAGAUUUUAAAAUAAAGAACACUUUAGUUUUCAUUCCUACCUAAUAAAUAAGCUAGUUUCUAGUUUCGUGCCCAAUUCAGGCAAUUGCUUUUCCUUUAAUUACACAUAUUUUUGUGUAUUUAUUUAGCUUUCCUUUUUAGUAAUUCGAUAGGAAAAAUUAUGUUAGGAAGAAAUGCAGAUUUAUUUAAUUAUAACUUUGAAUGUAUUCUGAAGGGUUUGAAAUUUUCUUUUGUUUCUGGACCUCCCACUCCAAUCAAAAUAGACAACGAUUAAAAUAUUGUUCCAAUUUUGUUAUUGUUGAAGACCGCACCAUCCUUUUAAUCAUUAUUCAAAUAUCAGUAUUUUAAUGGGGUAUAAAGAUGAAGCCAGUGUCUCAAUGGAGUUUUAGGAACUGAAUAAGCUUGGAGCAUCUCAGGAGAGGUGACAGGUUAGGGGAAGGUCAGACUUCUUUAGACAAUUUAGAUUUGAGUCCUAUUAACAUGCACAAGAAAUCUCCUGUAAUGCAAAGCUGGUAAAGGCAAUAGCUUUUCCAAAAUAAUAUAGACUAUUUUGUAUUCUCUUAGAAAGUUUUAGAGGCAGGAGCAAUUACACUAGUGCAGAUGAAAGAUGGAAUUGCCCACUUGUUACUUCUUGAAAAUGUAUCCUAUUUUCUUAUCCAGUCUUCUGCCAUGACAGAGGUAAAUUGAAAAACUGCCUACAUGGGUUUUUAUCUCCCAAAGAGUAUUUCUACCCUUUUAGUAGAUAUGACAAAAUGCACUUUAUAGCUUUUCAGAAAGUUUCUAUAGCAAAAUUGAAGUAACUUUAAAAAAAAAAAGUAAGGGUAUGGCCCAAAUGGACACAAACUGGGGAAACCAUGUGAAGUUUAUAGUGCUAAUAUUUUUUGACACAUUCUACUAUUUUAAAUAUUGGGUUUUUCUUGUCAAUUUCAAUUAGAAUUUAACUUUUUUAACAUUCUUCCAACACUGGGGUGGUAUAGUUUUAUGUGAAAACUGCAUUGAUAGAUUGUAAAUUGACUUGAACCCCAAAAGUUUUUAAAAUGAUGUGUGUAUGCACAUACAUGUGUAUGUAUGUGUAUGUGUACCUAGAUAUAUAUAUGUACAUGCCUAUACAUAUACAAUUUUGUGAGAUGCUUACUUUGAAAUGUGAGGAAAAACCCGGUCUCCAACAUAGGUAGAACUUAAGAAAAUAUUUCCCAUUCCUACUGCUAAGAGUACCUAGACAGUUUAUUAAUCAAAUAUUAAUGCACUGCUUCAAUUCAGUUCAACAAACAUUUACUAAGUGUCUGUUCUGUACAAGAUACUGUGCUAGGCAUCGCAUUGGUUUAUACCUUCAAGAAUGCUAAAUAGUUGGACAACUAUGAAAUGCAUUCUUUUUAAUUUCCAAUUAUAUAGAUUUUUUUCUGAUAGAAAAAACAUUGCACUUGUCAUUUCUCUAUUUGGCUGACUUUUCCUUUCUCCAUUUUGCACCUUUGUCUUAAUAUAUAGGCAUAUUUUCCCCUAAUCUCUAUGCCUCCCCAAUGCACUUUCAUCUGCUAAGCUAUCAUUGGCAGCAACAACAAAACAGUUCCCUUAAGCCAGGCAAAUAUCUCUCAAUUUGAUGUUUCUUUUUGUCUAGGGGAUACUUGAAAAUGAAUUUAUUUUUCAAAGGAAAAUAAUUUUCAGAAAUUCUCCAAGUAUCUUUGAUGUGGGUUAAUUUGCUAUUAUCACACUGUUGUGCAAUAAGAGAGUGUAGCAUUAUUCCAUACCUACUGCUAUCUGUGGGAUUACAUCCAGCCCUUAGCAUAGUGCCUGGCACAUAGUAGGUGCUUAUUGAAUGCUUGUUGGCUUGACUUGACUUAGUCAAGUAUAGUCAAUACUAUAAAUCAAGAAGUAUAAAAAUUAGGAGAAUCUGUGGAGGUAGGACCAAUAAUGAGGGACUAUAUGAGGUAGAUUUUGAUUUAAUAUGACAAACAAUUUUUUAUGACAAAUAGAGAUUUUUACAAAUGGAAUGGAUUGCCUUAGGAGCUCUGUAUCACUGAGAGUGUUCAAGCAGAAACUUGAUAGUCAUUCAUCAGACUUAACAUUAUUUUGGCACCAGUUUAAGGAAACAUUAGGUCUAAUUUUAUUUUUCAACAUUAUUUUUAGAAUAAAGGAGUAGAGAGUACUGUAAGGGUCUUAUGAGGCCAUCUAAUUAAACCUCACCAUCUUAUAGUAGAGGAAACUGAGGAAAUUCUAUGACUUUCUGUGCUCAUGGUCACACAAGUAGUAGUCAUUACAGGCAGAAUUUGAAUGUAGGUAAUCUGAUUACAGAGCCUUGGGGAUGUUUGUCUAUCCUGUGCUGCCUGUGGACAAAAACAAGAUUGCUAAUGAUUGGCAUUUAUCAAUUCUCUAUUAAAUAAAUAUUAGAUAUAGAGUUAAUACCGCCAAGCUUUACUUCUAUCAGAGCAGUUUUAUUACAUCAUCCUCUCUUCCAUGUUAUUGAUAAAAGUGUCUUCCAAAAAGGAGAGAAAUUAUUUAAGUAAAUAUGUUAGGAAAGAGAUGGCUUGCAUUGCAUUCAGUUCUAGAAAAUGAUUAAUUCAAAUAGGCAACUAUGUAAAAACAGCAUGGUGCAGUGGAAAGACAGCUGGGUUUGGAGCCAGAGGACUUGGGAUUGACCUUGGACAAAUUGCUUAAUCCCUGGGCCCUAUUUUUCUCAUCUAUAAAAUGAGGGAAGGAGGAAGAAAAAUGUUCAACUGAAUGAUCCCGAAGGUGUCUUCUGACGCAGUCUUUAACGUCUAUCCAUAUUUACAAUGAUAUUUUCUUCACUGGCUGAAAAAACUAUAUUUAUGAAUAAACCAAGAGACAUAGGAAUUAAGAGAAUUUGUGAAGCUAGGACCAGGAAUGAGGGAAUACAUGAGGCAGAUUUAGGUCUAAUAUGACAAAAAAAUUUAUGACAAUUAGAGAUGUUCACAACUGAGAGUAUUCAGGCAGAAACUUGGUAAUGUGUCAAAAUAUCUGUAGUAAAUCAAUGGGACUAAAUGACAUAGAAAGUCCCUUCAAUUCUCAGAGUCUGCGAUACUAUGAAAUGAACAGAUUCUUUUAAAUAUCAUUGUUCUGGAGAAUCGUAUUUUCAAAAAUUGAUUGCGAAGUAAGCUUUUGAUUUUGACCAUGAUCUUAUCUAUAUUUUACUUAAGGCCCUGGAACUUAAAUAAAAAUCUAGAAGUUGAAACACACAGAUCUAUUGCAGAGAGAGACAAUAAGUGAAAUAGGAGUUGAAGAAUAUAGCUAAUUACCUCGCUGCUUCAUGAUUAUUAGCUUAAAUUCGAUAGUAUUAGUCUGGUCCAUUCAGCCCAACAUCUAGUGAAGACAGUGGAAAAAAUUAGUCUAUUUUUAUUAAGGUAUUGAAGAAACAUCCAGUUUUUCUAUCUUACAAAACAAAACAAAACCAAAUACUCUCACGUCGAGUAGCUAGCUACAAAUCAUUCUUGUUCAUAGCUCCCAGUAAGCAGUUUACCCAGUUGUAACUACUGCUAGGUAAGAAGUUACUCUUGAAACUUCUUGGUCCUCUAUGCCUAACUUUAUCCUUUCCCCAUUCCCCUUAUAUUUAUUUUUUAUAUGUUAAGUAUCCAUAUCCUACCUUUACUUCUGUAGAAUCAAAAUUUCAAGAUUAAAUUAUCACUUUUACUAUC